GGGGGCGCGCAGCAGCGUGAGCGUGAUGAUUUUUGGAGUGACGACACCACAAAACCAUAGCACAAUAUUACCGAAGCAGAUAGAAAUCGGGUUGAAGCGUCAUCCAACUGAGAAGCUCAGAGUCCACUAAAAGCGCUAGUGUUCGCCCAGACUGUGGUGUUCAAAUCCGGCUUUUAAAUGCUUCCGUUCGGCUGCAGGGUGUGCGGUGUCUUCGUCGUCGUCUCGCUGCUUCUGGCGGGGCUGGUGGCUGCGUCUUCUGAUCUAUUUGACAAUCAACUAGGCGACAUCAAUUACUGCAAAAAGCAAUGCCAGAUCACCGUCAAAAACAAAAGCCCAGCUAAAGACUCCAUUCUGAAUGCCUGUCACCGUGGUUGUCGUCUUUACUCCAUCUGUCAGUUUGUAAAUGGAAAUGCCGGCUUCAACACCAGCAGAGAGGAGUGUCAAGGAGCCUGCCAGGAAGCAUACAGCAAGCUGCUGGAGCAGGAGGCAUGCAGCACCGGCUGUGCCAGCCAGCCCUCUGAACCUGAGAUCAAGAGGAGGAAGUUGAAGGCCAUGGCCCACCGUCCCAUGCCCCCUUCCGUCAUGGACACCGUGUCCAGCUGGUGUAACGACAUCGUCAGCUCUGCUCAGAGCUUCAUCUCCUCUACUUGGACCUUCUACCUGCAGGCCGACGACGGCAAGGUGCUCGUCUUCCAGAGCCAGCCGGAGAUCGAGUACAGUCUGCCGGAGCUGCAGGCUCCCCGCUCCAAUGUGGCAGACAAGCCCUGGCCACAGAUUCACUCCCACACACAGAGACCCCAUGGUGUGAAAGGACAUGGGGAGAAGGUAGCAGCCAAGGUGGGAGGCAAGGGCAAGCACCCAGCAGUCCAGCAACAUACGGAAGACCCAACCGCUGAACAUGACUUCCUGGGAUGCAUGUCAAGGCGCUCUGGGCUGCCUCGUUGGAUCUUAGCUGCCUGUCUCUUCCUGUCCAUCAUGGUGAUGUUGUGGCUGAGCUGUGCCAGCCUUGUCACUGCACCAGAACAGCACAUCAAAACACAACUGAGCAUCAACGGAGACAAGGAGUUUCUUGAUGACGUCCAGAAGGUCAAGCCCUACCAUCUGACCCCUGUGAUUGCUGUAGCCAUCGACCAACCAGAGGAGAGCGAGGAGGCAGGACCACUUCCAGUCAAGGUUGACAUCAACAAGACAUCUCUCUAGGGGACCAAUGGGAUAGGAUCAGUGCUUUCUGGGGUAACCAUUUCGUAAAACCUCCCUCAGUAAAAGAUGGAGAACAGAAACACACCAACACUCACACCAGAUUUUCUAUACAUGCAUGGCACCAUCCCUUCACAACAGGUUUGUCCCGUCUUUCUCUAGCGAGUCUGCCCAUCAGAUGUUAGCCUGUUGUGCUUGUCUCUGUGUAGAAUACUGAUUUCGUAGAUUCAUGCUGUCCAUUGUUAAACCUCACUAAGAGCUUCGAGAUCAAAUUGUCACCACCUUCUUGUACCUAUCAUUUUAUACUUGACACUGCAAUUGCUUAAGACUUAUUUAAUAGACAGUUUAACUAUUAAAUGUAACUACUUAGAUCUGCCUGUGAGAGAGUUAAGGAGAACAGGUGAAUGAGCGCUGAAAGCUUUCCAAGCUUUUGAUGUACAAGGGGAUAGAGAAAGGACACACAGGGAUUCAAAUUGAAGGGGAAUAACUGUUUUCCUCAUGCUCUUACAUACUUUUGGAAUUAAUUGGUGACUUGCAGAGAAAUAAAAACAAUUGAGAUGUUCAAAA